UUGUCUUCGUAUUCGUACAUUUUCUUCAAAUAGCUUUUAUACUCAAAUUGUUUUCGUCUUUGAUUUCUGUUAAAAAUGAUGAUUGAAGAAACGACAACACAAAAAUAAAAAACAAUAUUCAGCAAGAUUAACCCAUCACUUAAAUGGACACAAUUUUUAUUAAAAUAUGCAAGGAUUUAUGACACACAUUGGUGUUCUUUGCCCUUUUGUUUUUCACUAACUGACUGUGAAUAGGAGUAUCUCCAUAUUUCCUAAUCUACAUAUCGCUUAUAAGUAACAUCAGAUUAAUGUCGUUGCAAAUAGCUAAUCGCAACAACCCAAUAUUGAUUGGAAAUCUGCGUGAAAACCCUUUCAGACACAUCUGAAACAAGAUAAUAAAUUAAUUUAGACUGUGACAGAGUGUGAUAAUUUAAAAUUUGCACGUUCCUCGGCCUUCUCCUCUCUUAUCUAAAUCACUUCUGAUUAGUUUUAAACGAACCGUGUCUAGAAUAAAAUUAACUUUUCAGUUAUUAUCCAAAGUCAUAGUUGGUUCAUAAAUUUUCUCAGGUCUCGUCACUUCCACUAUUUAAUCUUGGAUGGAAAAAAAUCCGAGCCUUUUUAAUAAUAAUUCUGGAAAAGGCCACAAUUUUAAUAAGCUUCCAACGGUCUUAUCAGAUAUAUGCAAAGCAUUUCAUUGUUCGGAUAAUGUCUUAUUCUGUCGAUGACGACGGAAAAAGUAUAUUUUAUAUAAGGUUCAUCUGCAUUAAGUGUUAGAAGUCAUAUAGUGAAGUAAAUACGAAACAAAGCUAUUCCUUGCAAAGGUAUCAACAAUUCAUAACUACACAUGCAAAAUUGUCGCUAAGAUGCAUAAUAAUUGUGUGUUUCGCAAAAGUUUGAGCAUCUUUUCUCCUUCUUUCCUAACAUAUGAGCAAUCAAACAAUAAACAGAAAGAAAUAAAAGUGUUAUUCCAGUGAACCGCACAAUGACUUUCCAUGGCGCAGAUGACCAGACGGAACCAUGGAACUUUUCAUGGAUUGUUCCCGGGUUAUUAGCGGGCAGCUCCUGUCCACAUACAAUAGAAAAUUUAGUGUUUUUCAAAAAUCAAGGGAUUUCUCGUUUAAUAACGCUAUCGCCGGAAUAUCAGCCACCGGUCACAAAUUUUCCAGAAUUGCAAUGGAGUUUUAUUCCAAUAGAAGAGUUUGAAGCACCAACACUUGAAGACGUAAAACAAUUUAUCGAAUUGUGCGAAAUUGAAAAAGAACACAAGCAGGCAAUUGCAAUUCACUGUAGAGCAGGUCGCGGUAGAACAGGAGUAAUGGCAGCAAUUUAUCUGGUCCAUUUCUUCGACAUGUCUCCAGAAUCAGCUAUCACGAAACUCAGACUGAUGAGACCGGGAUCAGUGGAAACGUAUCAGCAGGAAAAGGCUGUUUGGGAAUAUCGGGAUUACUUAAGAACCAAAACGAAAUAAAAAAGUUGCUUAAAGUUAUUAAAUCAACCUGUAGACUAAAAUUUAAAAAAAAAACAUUAAUCUUACUUACGUAAUGUAUGGCCUUUAUCUCCAAGUUAGAUAACAUUGCAGACUCAAAACGUAAUGAAGUAACAAAGGCUCUGAUUCCACUUGCUCCUACUUUGAAAAUCUUGAUUGGCUUCAAUUUUUCAUGUUCAUUUUCACUGAUGAUCUUGACAGUGUGAUAAAAUGUAUAAAUAUCUUCUUCCCUUUGCCGCACGUAAAACACGAAGCCGCCAUUCAAAUAUGCGAUUUUUCAUCCCAAAAAUGGGCAUUUUAUGCAAACGAGAAUGGCAUAAAUAUACUGGUCGUUUUUUUUUCAAGGAAUGUGUUGUGAAUGUACUAAUGAAAGCCAGGAGAUUAUUUCGGCUUUGUUCCAACAAUAGUUUGGAGCUCAUCAACGCCACUUUUAUUGAUUUUAACACACAUUUCAAUCCUACACAUGGUUUGUGAUUGAAUCUGAUUGAAACUUGUUAUUAAACACGCAUUUCACUUUUAACCGAAAUUAAAAAUACUGUUUUAAAAAUA